CAUAACAAAUUUUUUUUCUUGAUUUUCAAAAAAAAAAAUGCCUCUAGAAGAACAACCACAGAAAUCAAUUGAUUCUAUAAAUGAUAAUUUUGAAUUAGAAUCACAAUUUAUAUUACGUUUACCAUCAUUACCGGCUGCAUCGCUUCGAGCGGCUAUAAAAUCAGGUGUUUUAAACCUCAAAGAUCGUUUAUCCAUACAAAUCGAUCAAGAUAUCCGAAAUGGUGUUGUUCGUUUCGAUGGCUGGGUGCUACCGGCCAAAAUUGUUGAUCUGCCAACAAUUUUAGAAUCAUUGAAAACAUUGGAUAAUAAAAAUUUUUAUAAAACAUCUGAUAUAAGCCAGAUAAUGAUAUGUAAAGAAGAAACGGAUGAAGUGAAAGAAGAUCCUGAUGAAGUGGUUAAAAAAACUAAAGAUGGACGUGAUAAAAAAUAUCUAUAUCCACAUGGUAUAACUAAACCAUUGAAAAAUGUUCGAAAAAGAAGAUUUCGUAAAACAUUACGUAAAAAAUAUGUUGAUUUUCCUGAAAUUGAAAAAGAAGUUAAACGUCUAUUGAGGCAAGAUAAUGAAGCUACAAAUGUUCGUUUUGAAAUCGUUAAUAUUGAAGAAGAGAAUAAAGAUAAAAUCGAUUCGAAAGAAAAAGAAUCAUCCAAUUUGAUGAAUGUAACGAAUUCUGCGUUAGAUGAUCGUGAUCUUUUUGGCGAUGUUGUCAGUUCAAGCGAUGAUAAUGAUGAUGAUGAUGAACGAAUCGGUUAUUCGGAUGAUGGUAGUCGUAUGUCAUCGACAUUUCGAGAUUAUCUACGUGAUCAUAAUGUUGAUGAUAAUAGUAAAAUUAAUUUGGAUAAAAAUCUUUCAUUUUCACAAGUAUUCUCUCAACAACAACCUUCUACUUCGAUGGAUAAUAUGGAUAUUGCAUCAUCAUCAUCGAAUGUAUAUGAUUAUCCAACAACAACCGGAAUCGAUGAUGAUGGUGGUGUUGAAGAAAAUAAUGAAGCAUCAUAUAGUUUGACUAAAAAUCUUGAAAAUGAAUCCAUACGAAUUAAAUUACAAGAAUUGGAACAAGAAAUUUUGAAUCUACAAACACAACGACAUGUACAACAAACAGAAUUGGAUAGUAUUGAAAAUAUGGCUUUAAAACAACGUUUUCAAGCCAUAAUCGAUGAUCUUCGGGAACAAGAAAUGGCUAAAAAACGUGAAUAUGAUGAAUUGAAAAAAUCAUCAUCAUCAUCAUCAUUAUUUUAAAUUUACCUGUUUUACAUUUUUUAUA